AAUAUAUGUUACUAACAUGUUAGCAAACUGUUAACAGUUAACAGAGCAGCGGCGCACGUGUUUUGUUUUGUUGUUUUAAUUUAUGCGUGUUUUCCUUCGACUGCUCAACGCGCAUAAUGUUCGCAAAGAAACAGAAAACGGAAAGUAAACCUGAAGCGGUGAUUGUGGCGCCACAGACGCUGCAAGCCCGCCUAAUAUCAGACACUGGCGAAGAGGCCGGUCCACCGAUAGAUCUGCCCUCGGGGAUUACAACACAGCAGCUGGGCCUCAUUUGCAAUGCCCUGCUGAAGAACGAGGAAGCGACACCUUAUCUGUUCUUUGUGGGCGAAGAUGAGAUCAAGAAGUCACUGGAGGACACACUCGAUCUGAGCACUGUGGACACGGAGAAUGUUAUCGACAUCGUCUAUCAGCCGCAGGCUGUUUUCAAAGUGCGUCCAGUGACCAGAUGCACAAGCUCCAUGCCGGGACAUGCCGAGGCGAUUGUAUCGCUGCAUUUUAGUCCAGACGGUGCUCACUUGGCCAGUGGCAGUGGGGAUACAACAGUGCGCUUAUGGGAUCUCAAUACAGAGACGCCACAUUUCACCUGCACCGGCCACAAGCAGUGGGUGCUCUGCGUCGCCUGGGCGCCGGAUGGCCAACGGCUCGCGAGCGCUUGUAAAUCAGGUAACAUCAUUAUCUGGAAUCCGGAGACGGGGCAGCAAGUCGGUCGAACCUUGACCGGCCAUAGGAAGCACAUCAACGCCCUCAGCUGGGAGCCUUAUCAUCAGAAUCCCGAGUGCCGUAAAUUGGCGUCGGCCAGUAGCGACGGUGACUGUCGCAUCUGGGAUGUUAAACUCGGUCAGUGUCUGCUCAAUAUCGCUGGGCACACGAAUGCCGUCACUGCCGUGCGCUGGGGAGGCGCUGGUUUGAUUUACACCUCGUCCAAGGAUCGCACUGUGAAGAUGUGGCGUGCUGCCGAUGGCAUCCUGUGUCGCACCUACUCCGGCCAUGCCCACUGGGUGAACAGCAUUGCGCUGAGCACGGAUUAUGUGCUGCGCACGGGACCCUUUCAGCCGCUAAAGGAUCGUCUCAAGUCGCAUCUCAGCAUGAGCACUGAGGAAUUACGCGCAGCCGCACUGAAGCGCUACCAGGCCGUCUGUCCGGAUGAGGUGGAAUCGCUGGUAUCCUGCUCGGACGACAACACUUUAUACUUGUGGCGCAACAACCAGAACAAGUGCGUGGAACGCAUGACUGGCCACCAGAAUGUGGUGAACGAUGUCAAGUACUCGCCGGAUGUGAAACUUAUCGCCUCCGCAUCCUUUGACAAAUCUGUCCGUCUGUGGCGUGCACAUGACGGCAAAUUCAUAGCUACAUUCCGCGGUCAUGUGCAGGCCGUCUACACGCUGGCCUGGUCAGCGGAUUCGCGCUUAAUUGUCUCCGGCAGCAAGGACUCCACGUUGAAGGUGUGGAGCGUCCAAAGCAAGAAAAUGGCACAGGAACUGCCUGGACACGCGGACGAAGUCUUUGCCGUUGAUUGGGCGCCCGAUGGUUCACGCGUUGCCUCCGGCGGCAAGGAUAAAGUGAUAAAGCUAUGGGCCCAUUGACAAGCUUUCUUCGUACACAUAUAGGAAUCCAGAUAUAUAUAUAUAUUUAUAUAUUAACAAUAAAUUGAGAACCCUGAGUGUUCAAGUA